AUGUUUAAACCCUCCAAAGUCCGUUAUAUGGCUAUCUGUGACCCUCUACAUUAUAACACCAGAGUUACUCUGGACAGAAUGAAGAUCUGUAUCUGUCUAUGUUGGAUUUACUCUGUUCUCUACAAUAGUUGUAUUUUGAUGGACUUUCUAAAACAACCUGAGGUGCAUUAUUCCUGCUACGGAGAGUGUGUAGUUGUUCUUAACAAUGUAACAGGAUCUGUUGAUGUAGUCUUUACCUUUAUCGGCCCAGUUACUGUCAUCAUACUUCUGUACAUGAGAAUAUUUGUGGUGGCCGUGUCUCAGGCUCAAGCCAUGCGGACCCACAUUGCAUCUGUCACAAAACAGCGUCCAGUCGGUGUAACUAAAUCUGAGAUGAAAGCAGCCAGGACUCUUGGUGUUGUUGUGGUUGUGUUUCUGAUCUGUUUCUGUCCAUAUUACUCUCCAUCCCUUACAGGUGAGGUUAUGGAAGAUAGUAGUUCAUCCUUUUCUUUCCUCGUCUGGCUGCUAUAUUUCAACUCAUGUCUUAACUCGCUGAUAUAUGCCUUCUUUUACCCUUGGUUUAGAAAAUCUAUAAAACUCAUAGUCACCCUCAAGAUACUGCAGCCCAGCUCUUGUGAUACUAAUAUCCAGUAA